AUGGAAACGAAAAGUAACGAGUCAGAUGGACGGAAAAAACUAACAUGUGAGACGUGUAACAGAACAUUUAUAUCCUCGAUUGCAUUCCUACGUCAUCAGAAGCGCCACCAGAUGGCGGCAUCCUCUGGGUUUACAUGUACUGUGUGUAAGACUGAUUUCCUUUAUGAUUGGGAGCGUGUAAGUCACAUGGUAAGAUAUCACAAACUAAACGGACCACUGGACUGCUUUGUUUGCCGACACAGCUUCCGUAACUACGCAGAAUAUCGCUCCCACAAGCGUUAUUGUAAGACAACGUUGAAAUGUGUAGGGGAGACAACCAUGUCUGGACAGUCAGUCUCAGGAGAUAAAGAGAAUGUAUUUGCAGGGAAUACGGACAACAUUGAUUGUGAAUAUGAAGGAAAUGACACGUCUGAUAGUGGAAGAGGUGCCUCAGAUCAGGGGGAGACAACUCUAGGUUGUGAGUCGGACAUCAACAAGGAUAGCACUGAUGUGCCACCAUUGGGAAAAGUUAAGGUUAAGCUGAGUUGUGGAACGAUAUUAUUUGUUAAGGAUACCAUGAUCAAAACUAGCUUUGUGGCAGAUGAUGACGAUUCUGUGGCCACCAUUGAUGAAGGCCAUGCAGGAACUGAAAGUGCAUCACUUAAAAACGUCUCUACUGAUACAGUUGCUUCCUCUGGAAAAGUCCAAACUUCUUUUGGAAAUGCUGAAACUUCCCAAGGAAAGAAAUGCAAUUCAUCAGAAGAUAAAUCUGCUUCCUCCACUAUCACUCCUGGUGAUAGAGAAACAGAUGGUACAAAAAAAUUGUCUGUAGGGACAGAGAGUCUCUCAGUAAUAACAGAAAACUCUUCAGUAAAAACUGUAAACACCAUACUAGAGGUUGAUAUCAUCUGUACUCGGUGUCACAAAGAUGUACGAGAACUGUUCACUGAGGAUGAAAGAAAACAUGUUUGUAACAUCUGCCGUCGGACGUACGUCAGUAGUUUUCAAUUGUCGAAGCAUAUGGCAGCUCACACGGCUACGAAGUUUUAUAGGUGCCACCAUUGUGAUAAAUGUUUUACAGAGACGCGAUAUUUACAGCGCCACCUCAUAGAUACUCAUCGCGAACGUUACAGCAUCUGUCGAUUUUGCUGUGCCCUCUUCAUCUCUCGUCCGGGGCUAACGCAGCAUCUAAAAGAAAAACACCCGAAUCAGGGGAGAUAUAACUUGUCGUGUCUGCUUUAA